CCCAUCUUCCCCCCACCUACUCUAUAUAUUAUUUAUUAACCAUUGGGUUUAUAUCAGAAUAGCGCAUUUCAGUUUAAACACGACGUGAAUCCCACGCCGUACACUUAAAAGAUAUACCAAUAAAUAUUUCACAACUUUAGGUCGCUCAAAUAUGCUUAUGUUAUCUAGGUUGAGAUAAUUUGUUGCCUCACAGUGAAUAAAAAAAUAUAACCCUAUUAACAGUACCGUAUAUACUCAUACCAUAAUGAGACUGCAUAAUCCAGAGUUGGUCGAAAAACAGCGACUAAACCUGUAUUGUACACAAUUCAGUUAACUCAUUGAACCUUUCAAAAAACUCUCAUUUUACACCGAAAUGUUGCGUCAAAUAUCUGAUAUACGUCACCAAAAUAAGACUUCCUGUGCAUAACUGAAUCUUAGCAGCAGAAACAAUCGUGGUUUCCAUAGCUUCAAGAACCGAGACAGGAAGAACACACGUAACAGUAGCCAGUAUUAGAUCACUUUUAUAAAGUCUGCGCAUUUGACAGUCAAUUCUUGAUACAUUUAGUAAGUUAGUAACUGGGCAUAAAAUGAGUUUAGUUUGUGUUUACGUUAAGAGUGCAUCAAACUUAAAAUCCGUUAUUAAUCAACUUGCUUGUAUUGGGUGUAUUUAACGCACACUUGUGUUACAGCUGAAAUUGGACAGUGAGCAUGAGGUGUAUAAAUACACUCAUAUUAUAGUUAAGUGCGACAAUAAGCAUGAGGUGUUUAAACACGCAUUCGUAUUAUAGCUAAAGUAGGACAUAUUUAGGCAUGAGGUGUAUAAAUACACCAAGUAUAGACGUUUGGCCUUAAAAAAACACCACUAUAUACUAAUUAGUGAACAGCAGAUUGUAAACGGCUUCGAUAUUCAUGAAGUGCUGUGUAUAACAUAUAGAUAAUAAUACAACGUCGAAAUUCACAGAGAACCAAUUAAAUGUGGCUUCUGGUAUUGAUCUUACAGCUUCGGUUCCUAGAGGUUUUUGCAGUCAGAUACAACACUCUUGGGUGUUGGGGAGAUACGGGAAAUAGAGCAAUUCCAACUUUAGAAAGAACCGAUCCGACUCUUAUGGACAAUUACAAAUCAAGAAGUGAUGCUAUCCUAAAGUGUGCACGAGUGGCUUUGGCUAGAAACUACGAAGUAUUUGCUGUACAGCACGGCGGUUGGUGUGCCGGGUCUGCUAACGCAAGGUCAACGUACAAGAAAUACGGUAGUUCUACAGCUUGUGCAGCUGACGGGGAAGGCGGGCAAUGGGCAAAUCAAGUCUACGAAAUUAUUGUUCAAACGGUGUCUGGACAAACUGAAAUAGAAGUAGCCUCAAACAAACAAGUGGCGUAUUGGAACGUAUUGUACAACACAUGUUUGUCGGCUCCACCAAUGAAAGUAAGUGCCACAGCGACACCAAGCGAUCAAAAUUCCCCGCAUAGAUUCAAUGUUACCAUCGUCGACAUACAAAGAUACAGCGUGCUUGUUGGAUUGAAACGAACCGACCAAGAUACGGGAUGGGAUAAAAUGCGAAUAACAGUGAACUGGAUUUUAAAUGUACCAGACUUAUAACCUAAUACCGUCUUUAUCUUUGUACAACAGUAUCUUCAAAACAAUAUUGCAUCUAUAAACUACUGCAUUUUCCCCCCUAAUCAAAACACGUGAUGGACGAACACGCUCUUAUUUGUAUGAGUUGUGGCCUUACUAGAGGAGUUCACUAAUACUUGUAUAUACGUUACAUUGCUUUGCAUAUAGUAUGGUGGGGGAAGACGGGGCACCUUUAGCACGAAAAAUCUAAAUAUCCUGGUCUUGUUUUAAACAAUUAGCAACAGUCUAUAGGAGUCGUGAGAAUACGGUUUAAUAAUUCUUUGAAUGUUCUUUGUUUACUACUAAAUGGGACGAAAAAAAAUAGAAUAAAAAUAUGUCUUAUCUCCCCGCCCCCAUCCUACUAUAAUACUUGGAAAAUAUGAAGCAUCAAACUGUAAACCCGUGUGAUCCAAAACUUUUGCGUCACUUCCUUUUCUUUUAACUUUAAUCAUUAUGACGUUUCAGUAAAUCUGUGAUGUACAAUGUCGAAGCAACAACACAGCCUUCUAGAGAUAUCUACAGUUCUGGUAUAUAUCUAGUAUAGGUCGUGGUAACAAUGUCUUAUUGAAAUUAAACAAGGGUU